AUGGAUGAGAAGCCUAAAUGUAAAACCGGCCAGAAACGACAUUUUGGAAAAUGCAGGUUUGAAUCAAAGUCACAACCAAAGCCGAUUGCAUGUGGGAUAUGCAAAUCCAAAGAACAUAAGACGUUAGACUGCAAGAAGAAAAAGGAUGUGACGUGCUAUAACUGUAACGAGAAGGGGCAUAUUAAGACAAACUGCCCAAAGUAUACCAAGAAACCUGAGGAAGGCAAGAAGACCAAUGCUAGGGUCUUCCAGAUGAAUGCACGGGAAGUAGUUAAGGAUGAUAACGUAAUAACAGGUACCUUCCUUAUAAAUGAUGUUUAUGCAAGGGUAUUAUUUGACUCGGGUGCGGAUAAGUCAUUUAUAGAUGAUAAGUUUUGUAAGUUGUUACAUUUGCCUGUUAAAGCCCUAAGCAUGAAAUAUGAAGUAGAGUUGGCCGAUGGUAUCUUAGAAACUGCCUCAACUAUGUUAGAUGGAUGUUUUAUAUCCCUUAGGAACCACUCCUUUCCGUUAUCCUUACUUCCUUUGAAAUUAGCUGGUUUCGACAUAGUGAUAGGCAUGGAUUGGUUAUCUUAUAACCAACCCCAGAUCGUUUGCAUCAAGAAACACGUGGUUGUCAAGACUCCGUAUGAUGAGCCACUUACCAUACAAGGAGAUACUCAGUAUUGA